AUGCUCAGUCAGGCGAAGACAAUCGGGUACAACACGGUUCAGAAGUCGAUUAACAUUCACUUUUUUCAGCGAGCUACGGCGGCAAAAUUUCAGAACACACUCGUGCCGUUCCGUCGGAAAAUCUACCGCCUCCACAAUCGGCACGCACCUACUUCUGGUUCAGUGUGGGAUCGCCAAGUCGGAGCCGAUGGCACUCGCCUCACGAUGCAGACUGAGCAUGUUAUUCGACUCUACAAUGUUACGCGCUACAUGGACAUUGGACGCUUUACAGCAUUCUUGACGGCCCACAUUAGUCCUGAAUUUGAUCUGGAACCUUUGGACACGUGCACACCGGACUCUAGGACAUCAACGGUGUGGCGACUGACGAUCCAAUUAGCAGGCUGCCCCAAUUUUCUACGUGAUGUGGUGCGCCUGCUAUGGUUUGGUACAGUAAUUGUUCUCAAACACCCCGAAGUGGGGAAGAGGCUGCAAUGUUUACGGUUCGGGAACAUAGGCCAUACUAUGGCAAGGUGUGGAUUUUCGACGGAGCAGCUGCGUGGCCCCGGCAGUAUUUUGGCUUCCGAGGAAGAGGUGUCGCAGCUGGAGGAUCUGGCUGUUCCUUUCCGUAGCUUUGCCGAGAUGUGCGACAUCGCGGCCCAGCGUAUACGCCUUCAAGACCAAGCAGAUACGGUCUCUGCACAGGCAGUCCAGCCCCCUUCUGUUAUGGUGCUCACGCUUGCCGUGGACUGCGUCAACUCCGACGGUCGUGAUGGUCGUAUCGUGGCGGCGUCCGGAAUUGGUGGUCGUUCAACCGCCCCUCCUGACCAGUCUGGACAAACACCACUUGCGCAGCCCAAACCUAAGCCUAGGCCAUAA